AUGAGAGAUGAACUGAAAAGAAAGGCAGAGGAACAAAAAGAAAAAGAAGAGGGUCUAAAAUAUCGUAAAGAAGUCAGAGAAGCUAAAAGGAUUGAAAAACAAAAUGUCAUUAAAAUGAAGCAAUCACAAAGAAAAGCAAAAUCAACAAAAACUCCCACAGAAGGAAGAAAAAUAAACAAAAAAUCUAAUCAAUCUGAAGAAAAUAGACAACAUGUAGAUCCUCUCAUCAUCGCAGUUACUGCUGAGGUACAUGCAGAUAUUGAGACAACUGAGGAAUCUGACAUAUUAGAAAAAAAUCAAUUGUGUAGGCCAAGAGUAAGGAAAGCUAACAAAAAAUUUAGAGAAACAGAAAGUGUCGGAGACGAUGAGAUGUACACAUGUGGUGUUUGUGUGACUCGCGGCAAAAAAACAGAUGAGCAGAAUGGCAUAUUAUGGGUGGGAUGUGACAGGGAUGUUUGUCCACUUGGCUGGUAUCACUAUGACUGUCUAUCGCGAAAUGACCAGCUCACGAUAAACAUGAGUCUAAUAAUUUCUGAAGUCAAGUGGAUGUGUCCUGUGUGUCUUGAAGAAGAAUGA